GCGCCCUCGGUGGGAAUUGAUCCGGAUCAAGAACGAAACCCACCAUCUCCGCCAACUCCGCUAGAAUUUCCCCGGUAUGACCAAUUCGCGAACCAGGGAGUUUAUUCGGCCACAGACUUUAAGGCCAUAUCCCAGGGUCUUGCAUCGCUCAAAAAGCCGCAGGAUUUCACUGUCGAACAUGCUCGGGUUCUAAACCUACACGUCGCUGCUGAUCUUGAUGCCUCCCAGUUAGUACCAGGUCAACUUCUGAAGAAUCUCGCACCUUUGCCAUGGGAAGAAACAACAAGUCCAGAUAAGCCGGAGCAAUACCUCAUGAGCAAUGGCGUCGCAUACCCCGCAGUCGAGAAAUAUAACCUCGUCAAGGCGGAGCUGUUGCUAGAGAAUGACGAUGCGUACCGCGAGGCUGUCAGAGUGCCACCAAAACCCGGCCGCCCCCGGGUGAGGCUGACUCAAUCAAGGAAAUUCUGGGUUGGCUUGGAAAAAAUGGCUCAAUACUGGGAUGACAGUCUUGACGAAUACUAUGAGAAACCGGUCAAUGCGACAGAACAGACAAACCAGGAUCAACUCGGAGAGGCAUCGACUGCUGAGGCUACAACAACAGAUGCAAUGGAUACCAGUGAGACACCGCGUGAUAAUGAAAGUAGUAAGCGCGUCUACAAGGGUCGUCGCAUUGGUACCGGGCAUGAAAUGCCCGACGACAUCCGCGAGGAAACGAUGCGCGGUUUUCUCGAAAUGGCCGCAUGGCCAUUUCAAUGUCAACUAGCAAUCCCAUCUCUGCCUCCUAGGCUUUUGGUUCAAAGGCUGCUGUUUCCGACUCGACAAACCCUAGUGGCUAGUAGAACUCCCCUGGACCGGCAGAUCGCCCGAAAAGGAAUUCUCGAAGGCCCAAUGCUUGCGGUCCAGUGUCGCGGCCAGACCACGUUUAGAGAGGCUGGUGAAACCUUUGGCUACGGUCGGAAAGAGGCUUGCGACCUAGCUCGCGAGGUUGGUGCCAUGCUACUGCUCGCCCAGGAACGAUUCCGGGACGGGACAUCCGAGGUGAAACCUGGCGAGGGCAAAUGGUGGACGACGACACCUCGUUGGGGCGGGGCCCCGGACGAAGGUGUCACAGGCGAAGCCGCCGCCAGGUCAGAGAAAGAGAAAGAGAGCGAGUCGGAGCCGGGAGAUGGGAGCGUGCAUAAACGAUCCCGAUAUAGCAACUCGCUCAUGGCAUCCCGACGAUCGGCGCGUCCGCGAAAACUGACGCCUAGCGAGAAGUGGAAAAUACUCGAGGCCGGUCCAAGCUUAUGGGACAAAAGGUUGAUAUACACGCAGAUAGGGAAACCAAAGGACAGUCUGUACGACGAUAUCUUUAUGGUUUCUCAAAUCAAUCACCAUGUUUCAAUUCUACACUUGCGGGUACACCGACGUUAUAUCGAAUGCCUCACCCAUGGUGUCAGUGAAACCACCGACGGAGGCGAGUCUGAGCACCCUUGGGAUGUUCUGAAAUUACGUCGCAGCAAGUGGUACGACCUGAUGGAUGGAGAGCAGCGGAUAGAGGCCUUCCAAGGUCUUUGGAGGGUAUUCCAUUAUUUAAUGGGGAAGAAAGAACCUGACAUCAGUAUAACCAGUCGAUCGUUUCAUCCGGAUGGCGAAUCUAAAGAUGUUGAUGAGUGA